AUGGACAGCUAUGGGAGCAGCAUCCAGGAGUACAUCGCGCUGUUGCGGGCGCCGAAGUUGGUGCCCAGCAUGGUCGAUUUCCAUCCGGCCAACCCAAAACAGCUCUAUCAAGACUGGAACAUCUUGCAGACGUUUGUCCGCUUGUUUAUUGGCCUUUCCUUCUUCAUGGCAAUGGCAGUGAACUCCUUGGGCCAGAACAAUGUUGGUGACGCGUUGACCUUUAUCAUCGCAGCGUUUAUUUCCUCGGCUUUGAUCGUCCUGCUGCAUCAUUUACCAUGGCAUUGCUUGGUGAAACGCUCCGGUUGCUGUGGUGUUCUUGGCUACGUGAUUUGGGGCUUUCUCUAUUUGAUCGGCUCCAUUGCCAUUCUAGCACAAUGGUAUCACCUCCUGAUUCGGCUGGGCUUUGCUCAGCAGAUGCUGCAGGAGUCCCAGAGCCCGAAGACAGUUCCAUUGAGCAUUGCUUUGGGGCCUUUCCUUCUCGGCCUGGCCGAUGUCUUCAUGUUCCUGGGCUGCGUGGUAGGUGCCGAGCAAGUCGCACGAGCACGGGAACGAGAUCUGGAGUCGCCCCUCUUAGAUGCUUGA